AUGGCGGCCAUCGCGGAUAAAGUGAAUUCGAUUCUCAUGAACGACACGUGGAGUCUGGUGGGCAGAUCUAAGGCCUCAAAGGUAAUUGGUAGACGUUUUGUAUUACGAAAUAAAUAUGGUACAAACGGUAUCCUGAAAAAGAGAAAAGCCAGAAUCGUGGCAAAGGGCUAUUCUCAACAGUAUGAUAAGGAUUUCCAUGAGACUUACGCAUUAGUUGCAAAAUUGAGCUCCAUACGAACGAUAAUUGCUUUUGCAGUGAAAAACGGUGUGCAUAUUCGACAGUAUACGAUGUGGCAACUGCAUAUUUCAACAGCGAAUUGGAUGAGCAAGUAUUCGUGGAGGUACCAGAUUGGAUGA